AUGGCGGAUCAAAUUGUCGACACUAUCGAGUCGCAGGAUCCAUCCGCUUCCUCCAUCCUCGACAAACUACCCGGCAAACGCAUCGACGCUUACAUCCGCAAGGUAGCUAGUCGAGGUAUCCCACAGCAAGGCGAGACGACGGGCGGAUACAGCGAGGGCUAUGCUCACUUGGCUCACAUCCCGCUUUUCCCGCUGUACUCGGAAGAGCAGCACCGAAUCAUGGCCAAAAAAUGGGGCGACACCGGCAAGUGGCACGACUGGGGCAAACAGGACCUGGACUUGCAGACAAAGGCAACCAUAAAGGGCAUGGAGCUCAUGAGCGGCGGCCACGGCACCAUCAGCACAGUGAAAUGGAUGACCCGGACCAAAGGCGGGCUCGACACCCUGGCUGCAAACAUGGCGGUGGAACAGAACCAACUCGUGGUCAUCACCCGAUGGAUCCUCCCCGUCCAGCAAGGGGUGCCCUGGCUGGUUGACGUGCUGGAGCAUCGCUACCUCGAUCCGAACAGCACUCGGGGCAAGAUGUCCAAGAUCUCCGGCAACGCCGUCCUCUUGAAACAUGGCCUCCCCACCGAGGGCAAAGUGACAUUCAAGGUCUUUGACGACACCCAGGCCAAGGGGAUCAAGAGCCAGAAGACCUGGUCGAAGAGGCGCGGGAUAGAAGCGUCGUGUGACGCGGUCGUGCUGGUUGUCGAAGGUGGGGUCGACGUGCCCCUGCACAUGGUCGCGCGCUUCCAGCGGACGUGCAGCAUCUUCGAGGGCCGGGAGAUGCAGAAGCGGUUUGAGAACCAGUGGAGAGUUCCGAUCCUGCGUUGA